AUGUCUGAGUUUCUGAGAUUUGGCCCUUCAUAUCAUCUGCAACUAUUAGAUGAUGGCAAUGCAAUGCAACUUUUUCAUCACACAGCAUUAUUAGGAGACAAGAGCUCUCAUAUCCCAAAAGAUAUUGCAAAAAAGAUAGUAAAACACUGUAAUGGAUUUCCACUGGCUAUUACAGUGGUAGGAAGAUCACUUUGCGGGCAACCUAUAGAAGCGUGGCGAAGUAGGGAUAUUGAAUGGUCAAAAGGUGCUUCUGUACUCGACUGUGAGAUGGAUUUGUUUCAAUGCCUCCAAAGCAGCUUCGAUGCCUUGGAUAAUGCAACGCCUAAGGUCAAGGAUUGUUUGUUAGACCUAGGUGCGUUUCCAGAAGAUGCUGAAAUUCAAGUUACAGGUCUCAUUGAUAUGUGGGCGGAGUUGUAUGAUCUAGAUGAAGAGAUGUCAUGCAUUGCCAAACUCUAUGAACUCAACAAUCGCAGUCUAGCUCUUCUACAAGGGUCUUAA